AUGGGAUUCUUCCAAUACUUACUGAGAACUAGUACACCACCUUCUAUUCUUAGCCGCAGAGAGCCCUCGUCACUAAUUUAUGGCCAAAAACAAAAUUUGGAUUCGGGUGCUCUUGCCGAGGAAGAAUGGAAUGAUUCUUGCCACUUUUUAUUCCCUUAUGCCGAUGCUGACUCUGAUCGCCUUGAAUACUAUCCUUUCCUUUCCUUAGGAAUAGCAGGAAAGAUCAGAUCCAUGAAGACUAUGGGUCAGGGGUCAGGAUAUUUAGUUAAACCCGCCCCAGUCUUUAACCUGGGAAUAAAAUAUUUAAAAAAGAUCCUCCCGGAAAAGCUUGAACGUGUCGAGCAGAAGUCUUUCCAAAGCCAACAAUUCAAGGAAUUGGAUUUCUUUCAUGCCUUACUUUCAAAGGUUGGGUUCUCUCUGGGCGGUCGAGCCCUAUCCUUUGCUCUAAGAGGGUUGGGCUGCUCAGCAGGGCUUGCCUUGACUGUAGACUUUACUUUACAAGCGCUGCUCACAUACCAAAACCAUAUGAUGCCUCUCGGCGAGGGGACAUCAGGCUCUGAGUCUCCGGCAUCUCAGUCGGACUCCCCAUGCCUCCUCGGAAACGGAUUCAGACGGAUCUCCACCACAAUCCGUCUCGUCCCCUGGGAGCGUCACCGCUGCGGAGGUAGAAAGUCACACGCGGGAUGA